AUGUCACUGGCUCCUCGUUUUGUGCUCUUCCGACUGCUAAACGGGUUAGCUGCAUUCUACAAACCUCCCAACACCAACACCGGAAAACUUAUUUCCUUAAUGAAACGUACACUUUCCGAAGGUUCGUUUCGUUUAGGCGUGCUUAACUCUCGGUUAGAUUAUAACGCCUUCCCCGAGGAGUCCGGUGUUUUGCGCACUGUGUUACAACCAAUUUCAGAGAGUUCCAAAUCAAUGACUGUAGUAACGGUCCCGGAUAUUACUCAUUCGAAAUUCGUGGUCGGUCGAACAUUUUAUCCUUCGGAUUUCAUGAUUUACGCUGUAGAUCCGUUGGCUGAUAUGGCGUCUGGUGUUCAGGUUUUUGGCAUUGGCGAAGAUGGCGUGCUUCAAAUGGCCACAAAUUUUGAACAGUUCUCUUGGUUGAAAACCUAUCAUUUGACUGGACUGCUCGGUCGUGCUUCGGUGGAUGGCACGCCAAUGGGAGCAACCUUAUUGCGAUCUUCAUGGCGUCAUGUAACCCGUCCGAAAUUGGAUCGCGUUCUAGCUGGUCUACAGGCCCAGUGCCGCUCCGAGGCGUUGUUGCAAGCCGGACUACGACCAAAUACUCAGACUGCCUAUUUGGCCUUAUCUGGUCGUGUUCCAGGUCAGGAUUUACGUGCAUUGACUCCGCGGAAGGCCUAUGGUGAGUUGCAUGAACGUGACCAUUUACUUCCGCCAUGGGAACGGUAUCGAUCAUUGGGUGCACAGAGUUCGGGUGUGCCUACACCAAACCGGGGUUUGGAAGCCGAGGAAGAUCGGCGUCAGCAAGCACCGUGUGUACAUUCCAUCAAAUGUAUCCAUUUUGAGCCGCCCUACUUCACUUUGGAGGUCCAAGUGUCAUGCGAAACAUUCUCGUUCCUGGUCGAUUUGGUUGCCAGCAUUGGGCCACGUUUGCGUUCAACUUGCUUGCUAAGUCGUGCCCGUCGAGUGCGCCACGGGCGAAUAACCACGGAGCACGCAUUGCUAUACAAACAUUGCCGUGUACCGGGGCAUUUACUCACUCGACUCAACGAUCACGUGCAGAAGGAAUUGGAAAACUCAAACGAUCUGCCGAUCGGGGACGAAUUUCUCAACUCGGCAAACGGUUCCGGUCUCCUGGAUGUCCUAGUAUCGGAUCACGACCACAAAGUAUCUCCAAACUUAUUCACCAGUUUGCGUAUUUGCUCCCAGUUGGGAGCCUCGGACACGUCCACGAAUGAAAUCACUCCAAAAUCGGCUGAACACCUUUUACCGGCUUGA